CCGAAAGGAACAAUAGAUAAUAACAACAUAUGUCAUUUUCACAUUUGCAUUCGUUUACACAAACUAUGAAGAUUUACGUUGCAUUAACACUUCUACUGAUUAUAAAUGUGUCAGGUUGUCCGUCGGGUUGGAUACAAGAUGGAGAUGCGUGUUAUUUUUUCAGUAAAGGACUAGCAAGUUCAUGGGCUGAUGCAAACAGUUAUUGUCAGGCAUUUGGGUAUAAACUAGCAGAGCCGAUGGACGAACACAAACUAAAUUUUGUCAAAGGAGAACUCAAUAGACUAGCUGGAACUUCGCGUUACUAUAUUGGUGGUUCUGACUUCUUUGUCGAAGGUCAAUGGAUAUGGUCAACAUCUCAGACCAGUAUUGUUGCACACAACUGGGAACCAAGUGAGCCAAAUAAUAUCGGCACUGGAGAGGACUGUCUCACCGUCAAUCAUGAUGGACUUUGGAAUGACGUCCCUUGUGAUACAGAUGUUCGAUUUAUUUGCGAGGCAGAAAACGCCGAUGUCAACGUUAUAGGAUGAUCGAUCACUGAACACUCAACCAUGUCCAACAGCCUCUUUAUGAAUUAAAAUAAUGGAUAUCUAA